AUGGAUGGGGAAGAAGUUAAGGAGGGAGAGAUGAUUAUUAUAGAUGGAGAAGAAGUCAAGGAAGGAGAAGAAGUCAUGGAUGGACAAGAUGUUAUGGAAGGAGAAGAUGGUUUGGGUGGAGAAGAAGUUAAGGAAGAAGAAGAAGUUUGGGAAAGAGAGGAAGUUAAAGAAGGAGAAGAAGUUAAGGAUGGAGAAGAAAUUUGGGAUGGAGAAGAAGUUUGGAAUGGAGAAGAGAGGGAGAGAUUAUUAUUAUGGAUGGAGAAGAAGUCAAAGAAGGAGAAGAAGUCAUGGACGGAGAAGAUGUUAUGGAAGGAGAAGUUGGUUUGGAUGGAGAAGAAGUUAAGGAAGGAGAAUAAGUUAGGGAAAGAGAGGAAGUUAAAGAAGAAGAAGAAGUUAAGGAUGGAGAAGAAGUUUGGGAUGGAGAGGAAGUUUGGAAUUGAUAAGAAUUUAAGUAUUGAGAAGAAAUCAAGGAGGAAGAGGAAGUUAAGGAAGGUGAUGUGGACAUAA